AGUUUAUGACUCAAUGAUAACAAUGAAAACGAUUACAUAGUAAAUGAAAACUACAAAUUGAUAGUGUGAUGACAGGUGUACUAGAUUUUGACAAAAAUAAUCAAGGCUCAAAUCAAUGUUACAUAAUAGGAAAUAGGUCAAUGAUUAGAAAAAUAUAGACACCUUUUUAUGCCACUUCUAUGUGUAUCUAUGAAUUCAGCUGCUCCUGUGGAGAAAGCAAUGUUGGAAGCACUACCAGGCAACUGAACCAAAGAGUUAGUGACACACCUCCCUUCGUGGUUAGGAAAAGGUAACGUCAAGACAGUACGCAGCUCGGUUCUAUCACACUUGAUCGAUAGCGAUCAUCUAGUGGACAGAAAAAAGUCAUUUAAAGUUAUUUAUCGCAUUCCCACUAGUUCUCCUUAUGGUGUAUUUAUCGUCAGGCUUUACUCCUCCAAAAUGGAAAAUAUGAAUGUUAACAUGAAAAAUAUGAUCUCACUUGAUGUAGUAUCUUUGUUCACCAACGUACCGCUUAUGGAGACCAUCGAGUUUAUAUGCAAGCAAAUAUCAGAAAAACAAAUCAACAUUGGCUUGCCUGAAGAUAGUCUAAAGGAACUGCUCCUAAGAUGCACGCUGAAUGUCCAUUUUGUCAUCAACAAUACUUAUUAUAGACAAAUAGACGGGAUAGCCAUGGGCUCACCUCUAGGCCCGGUUUUAGCUGAUCUCUUUCUAGCAAUGCUAGAAAAUGGACCUCUUAAUGAGACUAUUAAGAAGCUUGAUUUAUAUUGCCGCUACAUUGACGACACUUUCAUUAUCACAGAUCAAAACACCAGUAAGGAGAAACUCCUAGAACAAUUUAACAGUGUUCACCCAGCGAUCAGUUUCAUUGGUGAAAGCGAGCAUGACAAAAAGCUGAACUUCUUUGACGUCACACUAAGUAGACGAUGUGAUGGCACAUUAAGUAGAAGCGUGUAUAGAAAAAGCCCCUCUAUCUGCCAAUAUAUCCACUUCUGCAGUUUCACACCUAUCCGCUACAAGAGAAAUUUGGUUAGAUGUCUCACAAGCAGACCAAAAAAGAUCCGUACAGGAGCUUGAGUUUAUUAACAACUCACUGACCGAGAUCGGCUACCCCAGUGCUUUCAUUAAAAAGUACAUGUAUGACAAUAAAGAAUUCGGAGAUUUCGA